AUGAUGAAUCCACCCUGCGGCCACGGCCUGUACGCGUCCUGGAGCCAGCAGAGCGUCGGGUCUCCGGCCAGCUUCUCGUCGUCACCACACCCCUGGGGCUGCACGCCCUUGCCGGGCUACGCCGACGGCGACGCGCACGGCGGGUUCAACCGCAACAUCACCUUUCCACAUAGUCACCCGGCCCAGCGCACGCCCUCACCCGCUUUCGUCGGCGUCCAGUACCCCCCGUACACCUACUCGCCGCUGGCCUACGCAUCCUCCCCGAUGCCACCUCUGCGCCGUAGCGCGCUGCUCUUCUCAGAAGCCUUCUCAUCGCAUCUCGACGACACCGAGGCGACGGAGCACAGCAGUUUUGACAGCACUGCAAGUCCACGGCUGAAUCGGUCGAAACUGAAGCCCAAACAAACACACCCUGAGGCUGUUGGGAAAAAACGGUUCGAUGAAAAAAUACACCCGUACGCAUCUGCUCCUCUCCUCGAUCCUCACCUUUGCCCAGGCCGAGCUAUUCCCCCUCGCCGCCGCCACACCACAGCCCCCUCGCCGUCGCGGCCGCACCUCAGCCCGCUCGCCGCCCCCGUCGCCGCCUCCGCGGUCGCACCUCAGCCCGCUCGCCGCCCCCGUCGCCGCCUCCGCGGUCGCACCUCAGCCCGCUCGCCGCCCCCGUCGCAACCCAACCCCUCCUCCCCUCCAAUGGAUGCCGCCCCAACCACCUCAUCCAAUAGGAAGCCCCAGUUCGGCGGCCUCCGUUGCCGCCCUUCAGCGGCGACCUCGCCACCCCUCCAACGCCCACCACGUCCUUAUCCAACGCCGCCCUUCAGCACCCACCCAUCCGCCUGCCCGCCCGGCAACGCCCGAUUGAAUUGUUGCUGCCAAGAUCUGCCUCAAUGUGGUUUGCAUCAUUGCGGCGACGACAUCGUCGAUCUUCAUCUCCGGCGGCUACAUCCAGAAGGACUACCACAAUUCUCGCGGCUGGUAGCUCUUUCAAAGAUAGCUCGCUCGUCGUAUCUCGACAGAAGAAGAACAACUUUGAUCGAUGGAGAUGGAUUUCUUUCCUGUUGGUGCGAUUGGAAGCUAUUUGUGGUGUAAUAUGCAGCUAAAGGUAUUCUAGCAUGAGCUUCCAUGCACAACAUCAGUGCUUAA